CUCCACACACACACACACACACGCAACGAUGGGCAACGAACUGAGCAAGGAGAUCAAGCGGUCCAAGCUGACCAAGCAGCUCAACCUUGGGUACCGCGAGCUCGACUCGGUGCCCAAGAAGGUGCUCAAGGCCGUCCACUUGGAGGAGCUUGUCCUCUCAGGCAACCUCCUUGGCGGCUUCCCCAUCGGUCUGGUCGCCCUGGUCAACCUGCGGGUCCUCGACGUUGCCGGUAACGGCAUCGAGCAGUUGCCGCCCGAGAUCAAGGCGCUGUCCGGGCUGGAGACGGUCAACUUUGGCUUUAACAAGCUCGAGGUGCUCCCGGCGGAGAUCGGAAACAUGAAGAACCUGACCCACCUCGACGUCUCGCACAACCAGCUGGUGGAGAUCCCGCCCGAAGUUGGAUGGCUUCCCAACAUUACCUCGCUCGACCUCUCCGACAACCUGUUGCAGGAUUUGCCACCGUCGCUGGCCGAUCUGACCAAGCUGGAGAAGCUCAACAUCCUGCACAACCAGUUCAGCUUCCUCCCGUUGGUCCUCUGUCGCAUCGCGCCCAUGGAGACGCUCGACAUGUCCGAGGGCGUCAUCACGACUCUCAACGAAGAGUGUCUCUCGCAGCUGACAAACUUCCGUGUCCUCAACCUCUCGCACAACAAGAUUACCUCACUGCCAGAGGAGGCUACCGUCGCCCUCUGGGCCCUUCGUGACAUCAACCUCUCCCACAACCCCAUCGAGGACUGGCCCACAAAGGUCCGCCAGAUGUCCAACAUCACCUUCAACUGGACUUCGCUCGCCUGAGUCGAAGCCCUCACCCAUCCGUAUCCCCCCAAGCAAAAGCAGCAACAGUUCUCCC